AUGUUUGUGGAAGCCAUUGUCUUUUGGGCAGCAUGGUGUGUCCUACUCCUGUUUGGAGAGGCGGCGUCAGUGUCUGAGCGUCCGUGGCCCUGCCCCCAGAAGUGUGACUGCAGAAAUGAAAAGCUCCAGGUGAACUGUUCCUGGAAGCACCUCACAGGUGUGCCUGAAGGACUUUCUGUAGACACUCAAAGCCUGAACUUGUCUCACAAUCGACUGAGGACCCUAGGCCGGCGGCAGUUCAAUGAACUGGCCCAACUGUGGGAGCUAGACCUUAGUUACAAUGUCAUCUCCAUGAUUGAAGUAGAUGCCUUCCAGGGCCUGCAAAGUCUCCGCACCCUUUUCCUAAAGAACAAUCGACUCAAGAUAAUCCCUGUGGGGGUCUUCUCUGGACUGCACAGUCUUCAAAUUCUGGACAUCAGUGACAAUGAGAUCCUUGUUUUUCUGGACUACACCUUCCGUGAACUUGUUAGUUUGCACCUGCUUGAAGCUGGUGUGAACGACUUGGUCUUCAUUUCCCAUCGAGCCUUCACUGAUCUACAAAACCUACAGGAGCUCAAUGUGGACCGCUGCAAUCUGACCUCCAUCCCCACAGAGGCAUUGUCCCAACUCCAGUGCCUCACACGCCUGAGGUUACGCCGGCUUAGCAUCAGCAUAUUGCCCAACAACUCCUUUCGAAGGAUGCUCAGGCUGCACACUCUUGAAAUCACACACUGGCCUUCGUUAGACACAGUGGCUGGAAACAGUCUGAUGGGACUCAAUGUUACCUUCCUGACCAUCAGCCACUGCAACCUUACUGCUGUCCCUUACACAGCACUCCGCCACCUAGCCUACCUGAGGUAUUUGGAUUUGUCAUAUAACCCCAUAACAGCACUGCAUGGGAACCUGCUGAGUGACCUCCAGCGUCUGCAGGAAUUCCACCUAGCUGGAGGAAAUCUUUUAAAGAUUGAGCUAGGGGCCUUUAGAGGGCUGGGCUUCUUUCAUCUUCUCAAUGUGUCAUCGAACCAACUGUCCACACUGGAAGAAGGAGUCUUCCACUCUGUUGGGAAUCUACAGACGCUGCGUCUGGAUGGCAACCCGCUGGCUUGCGAUUGCCGCUUGCUGUGGGUUGUGCGGCGGCGUCUGCGCUUAGAUUUUGAUGGUCAUUCGCCCUCCUGCUCCACCCCAGAGAUGGUUCGGAACCGUGAAUUCCGUGACUUCAGUGAAGCAGAGCUGCCAGGCCUUUUCACCUGCAGGCAAGCACGUAUUGUUGAUCGCAGGCCCCAGGAGUUAAAAGUGGAGGAGGGCACCACGGUGGUCUUUGACUGCAGUGCAGAUGGCGAUCCUUCACCCUCCAUCAGCUGGAUGAGCAAUCAGCAGAAAGCAUUGUCAUCCACAGGAAGGGUUCGCGUUUUAAACAAUGGCACGCUGGAGGUUCGCUACGCCCAGGUGCAGGACAGCGGUACUUUCCUUUGUAUGGCAAGCAAUGCUGCUGGGAAUGACAACAUCUCAGUCAGCCUACAUGUACUGCAGUUACCCUCUACUCACAACCGUACUGCAUCCCAUUUCUCUCAAGAAAGCUUGACCUUGGUCCCUGCACCUUCUGCUCCCAACACCACGGCUCAAGUUGCCAGCUCCUUCCCAUUUGAUGCAAAGACCCUUGUCAUUGCCAUGACCAUGGGCUUUCUGUCCUUCCUCAGCUCGGUGGCAAUCUGCUUUGUCUUCAUGUUCUUUUGGAGCCAAAGCCAAGGGCAGAUAAAGCAUAAUGCCAAUAUUGACUUUGUGCCUCGCACCUCCAUGGGGGGUGGAGGAGGUGAUGGUGUAGAUACAGGAAAGUUCACUAUGAAGCUGAUCUGAAAUGAAGACAGGAGCAGGAAUUAUAUUUGGGCUCCAACUCUUCAUCAGUACUACCAGCUGUAGGACACUGAGCUGUUCACUGAAUGUACUGUUCUUGCCCCAAGUUCUGAUGAUGCAGAGGCAUAACCAAUACUCAUUAGCAGUA